CAGUGCUGCAGCGGGUUGCAGGGCGGCGCAGAGUCCGGAGGCCGGCGCGCGGAGCGGUCCUCAGCCCCGAUCGCUGCGGCCCAGCCCGCCACCGAGGCGCGCAGGCGGGCGCACGAAGUGACCGCUCAGGAGGAUCUCUUUACCACCCCCAAGGAACUACUCCAUGCUGAAGCCUUUCAAAGUGACAUCAGAGACUUUGGAAGCACCAUGGAUGGCUUUUGUGAUCAGCAAGUCCCUUUUAUGGUCCCAGGGAAAUCUCGGUCAGAGGACUGUCGAGGGCGACCUGUGAUUGACAGAAAGAGGAAGUUUGUGGACACAGAUCUGGCUCACGAUUCUGAAGAGUUGUUUCAGGAUCUCAGCCAACUUCAAGAGGCUUGGUUAGCUGAAGCUCAAGUUCCCGACGAUGAGCAGUUUGUCCCAGAUUUUCAGUCUGAUAACUUGGUGCUUCACGCUCCACCUCCCACCAAGAUCAAACGGGAGCUGCACAGCCCCUCCUCCGAGUUGUCCUCCUGUAGCCAUGAGCAGGCUCUUGGUGCUAAGUAUGGGGAAAAGUGCCUCUACAACUAUUGUGCCUACGACAGGAAGCCUCCCUCUGGGUUCAAGCCAUUAACCCCGCCCGCCACUCCUUUGUCACCCACCCAUCAGAAUUCCCUAUUUCCCCCACCUCAGGCAACUCUGCCCACCUCAGCUCUCGCCCCUGGAGCCGGCCCAGUUCAAGGGGUGGGUCCUGCCCCAACCCCUCACUCGCUUCCAGAACCUGGAUCACAGCAGCAAACAUUUGCGGUCCCCCGGCCACCACAUCAGCCCCUGCAAAUGCCAAAGAUGAUGCCUGAAAGCCAGUAUCCAUCAGAACAGAGAUUUCAGCGACAGCUGUCUGAGCCCUGCCGCCCCUUCCCUCCUCAGUCAGGAGUUCCUGGAGAUACUCGCCCCAGCUACCAACGGCAGAUGUCGGAGCCUGUUGUCCCCGCAGCCCCACCACCCCUUCAGGGAUUCAAGCAGGAAUACCACGACCCGCUCUAUGAACAUGGGGUCCCUGGGAUGCCUGGUCCCCCAGCACAUGGGUUCCAGUCACCCAUGGGAAUCAAGCAGGAGCCCCGAGAUUACUGUGCUGACUCAGAAGUGCCUAACUGCCAGUCACCCUACAUGAGAGGCCGGUAUUUCUCCAGCAACCAUGAAGGAUUCACGUAUGAAAAGGACCCCAGGCUAUACUUCGAUGACACUUGCGUGGUGCCGGAAAGACUGGAAGGCAAAGUCAAGCAGGAGCCCACCAUGUAUCGCGAGGGGCCCCCGUACCAGAGGCGAGGCUCUCUGCAGCUGUGGCAGUUUCUCGUCACCCUUCUGGAUGACCCAGCCAAUGCCCACUUCAUCGCCUGGACUGGCCGAGGCAUGGAGUUCAAGCUCAUAGAACCGGAAGAGGUUGCCCGGCGUUGGGGUAUUCAGAAGAACCGGCCAGCCAUGAACUACGACAAGCUGAGCCGUUCCCUCCGCUAUUACUAUGAGAAAGGCAUCAUGCAGAAGGUGGCCGGGGAACGGUACGUCUACAAGUUUGUCUGUGACCCGGAUGCACUUUUCUCCAUGGCCUUCCCCGACAAUCAGCGCCCGUUCCUGAAGGCAGAGUCAGAUUGCCCCCUCAAUGAGGAGGACACCCUGCCACUCACUCACUUUGAAGACAACCCUGCUUACCUCCUGGACAUGGAUCGAUGCAGCGGCCUCCCCUACGCCGAAGGCUUCGCUUACUAAGUCUCUCAAUGGCUGAGUAGCCAAACCCUAGAGCUAGCAGUCCUCAUUCAGGCAAACAAGGGCAGUGGUUUUGUUUGUGUUCUUGGCUGUUCCUAAAGCUUGCCCUUUGAAUAUUAUCUGGAGAACCCAAGCUGUCUCUGGAUUUGACACCCUUAAAGACACACACCUUGGCUAGGGAGUGGGAACCAGGGGAGACGGAAACCCACCACAUGGCUGGUGAUUCUGAAUCCGUUCCCGGGAAGAUGCAGAAGUGGAUCCUGCUUGCCACCGUGGCCAGUCUGUGCAGAGCAGUGUAGCAGCGUGUUCAGGUUAGCGCCCAUGAGAGGGGACCGAGUUAUGACAAUCUACUUUGAUCAUGGACUACUAACUGCCUUCACCCAGGAGGCUUAGACUUGCACAAUUCUUUGGAAAGAAACUGCACACCCAUAGGGAAGUUGAUAAGGCUGGGUUGGGGAGGCUCAGACCAUUGAGGCUUGAAAUUUGCAAAACUCUUGUAGCUCAUUCUGAAACCGGGGAGGCCAGGAGAGAGAGAGCUGUUACUCACUCCAUGGUUCUCCGACCACUGCUCCUCUUGGGCCUUCCAGCCCAGCGGUCACCAUAAGUUGAACCGAGUCCUCCUCCUCCCAGUCACACAGCUGAGCGCAGAAGGCUUGUUUAGAGAGAUGAUGAACAUGACAGUAUUUUGUUUCGCUUCGAUUGGGGGGUGGGGAUCAUUUUGCUUUUGGUGAUUGUUUUGGGGGGAAAAACAGUUUAUAUAAACUGAUUUUUGUAGUUUUGGUAUUUAAAGCAAAAAAACAAAAAAACAAAAAAACAAAACCUUUUUUGGUAACUGCACUGCAUCCCUUAGGUGGGGUGGUGCCCGCUUCAGAAGACGCUGCAGCCUGAGGGGCUCUGCUAGGGCUUCCCCUUCGCCACUUAGAGGCCUGCUUGGUGCUUUCUGCACCAGACAACCUGUUGAGUCAUUUAACCUGAUUUGUAUAUUUGAAGUGUGCAGGGCACCCUGGACACAGCUUAGAGUUCUCUGCGUCUAGUUCUCCAUGCUCGCUAACUCCUUCUCUGGGAAGCAGAUGUACAUACAUACUACAUACAUGUCAUGUCCAUGUACAUACUACAUACAUGUCAUGUCCGUUUAACAGCUGGUCACCUGCUGGGAACCCAGGCAUCCGCCUUGCUUUCCUAUUUCAGUUUUGGACUUUCAACCCUGCACAGUGGUUCCCUGGGGUCCGAAACUUACCUGUCACUUACAGGUAAAACAGCGCUAGCUAGCAUUUCUGGCUUCCCACUACGUUUUCUUCUUCUUCUUUUUUUUAAUUUUUUAUUCUGAUUGCUGUAUUAUAUUGGGAAUGUUCUAAGCAACCAAACUAAAGCUGUGUAAAAAAAAAAAAAAAAAAAUGGGUUUGGAGUGGCGGGAAAGUCAGCAGGAAGCGCCAGUGCUUCUCUGCCUGACUCCUUCCUUGUUGACAGGAGUUCGCUGUCCUUGACACACUCCACUCGUCCUGUUCCUCACGCGAGGGACACAGAGCUGACUGAGCAAGCGUGGGACAUUCUUCACUGUCCCGCGAGUGAGGCACUCCACAACCUCCUCAUUACCUGUGGGAAGAGGCUCACAGGAAUGAGGGGUUACGUUUUAGAGCCAUGAGAACCUAAGGUUUUCUUCUCGAAAGCUAGUCAGCCCACAGAGGUGUCAGACCUGAAGCUUGGGCCUUAAUUAGCAUUGUGCUCUGAGGAAAGGACUCUUUCCUAAGCGUAUUUAUAGCUUUCUAAUCUACACACAGUCUAUACAUAGAUGCGUAUUUUACCCCAGCCGGCUAGAGAUUUAUUUGUUGUAAAUGCUGUAUAGAUUUUUGGGGUUCUUUUUUGUUCUUCUCUUUACUUAUACUGGUUUGGGGUUUGUUUUAGUUUUCUUUAAUGAAUUUAUGCUGUUUUCGGGGAGGGGGGUUGAGAAGAAUCUUCUGUAGCCUGAGCUGCCCCUCCCCUGUAGUGAUGGGCGCUGUGCCAUCAAGGGACACCGGACAGUAGCGCCACUUUGCAUUCCCACCGGACUCAUUGUACCUCCCGGAGAGCCGUCCCUGUCAAGGCGUGGGGGCCUCUUUCAUGCAUUUGCUUCUUUUCCAGAGUGUGGACAUCUACAGUGCAGAAAGGCUUCAGCCUGCCAGUUGAUUUGAACUACUUCCCCUGCACAGGGCUGUGUACAUCCUGCCGAGCUGUGUUAUAUUCUGUACUGUGUACAAUAAAGAAGAUCGCUUUCCUUUA